GUCUGUGUGUGUGAUAACAAGAGGAGUUGCGGGCUGGCUGUAAAGCAGAGGUGUGGAAAGGAGUAGAGUUUCACUUGGCAAGGAUGGCGAUCGUGGCGUUUUGGUUGGCUCUGAUCUUCUUUGUGGGCUGCUUGGCCUCGGUGUGGUGGAUUCUCUUGGUCGAUCACGGUGAUCUGAAGGAGGAAGACGAACCGGGCGAAGAUUUCCACAACCCUCUAGCCGGCGCGGAUGGGUUCACGAAGAAGAGGAAGAAGAAGCCCGCGGGCAAGCCGGUCGUCAUCAGAAAGAGGUCUCCCGUGGAGACUCCCGAUCCGACUUGGGAUGGACAGCCGUCCAGCCUUCUUGUCAGGGAACUCAAGGGACACACUGCUCAGGUGACGGGUGUGGCCUUCAGCAACGACGGCCGCUUCGUGGCGACUGCUUCGGAAGACAGGACUGUCCGCAUCACUUACCUGGACACCAUCAAGGAUUCGUCACCGCGAUACAUCCGCGUGGGCAUUGAGCUGGACCACGUGACGGCCCUGGCCUUCAGCGACAACAGCAAGAGGCUCGUCUGCGCCACGGCUAAGAGCAAGGAGAUUUGCUUCUACACCAUCCCCACGGCGAAGGAGAGCAAGGCGGGGGGCGGCAGGGCGGAGCUGCUCAAGAGCUUCCCGUCGGGUCACGAGGAGCCGGUCACCAAGAUCUUGCUGCUGGACGUGGACAAGUGGAUGGUCGUCGUCACCUGCGCGUGCGGGUCUACGGAGACCGGCAUCAGGUUCUUGAACCCCAGGGGUGACUGCCUCGCAACGCUGGACACCAACCAGAGAAUCAACUACACGAUGGAGGCCUCAGCGGACAACCGAUUCCUCGCUGUUGGAGCGGGCAUGCCGGAGGUGAAAGUGCUCGAAGUAAGCAGAAACAAGGACGGGGAGUUCAGCCAGGUGGCGAGGGCCAUGACGCUGUCGGGUGUCCACACGAAGGGGGUACACGGGGUGUCCUUCAACCCUGAGUCCACCAAGGUGGUGACCGCGUCAAUCGACGGAACCUGGGCGCUCUGGGACACCUCUGUCCGGUACAACCUGGACGAGGACCCUCGCAAGUUGGAGCAGCACGCCUCCAAGGACGCCAUGAACUCCAAGUACUCGGCCGCCGCCCUCGGCGGCGAGGACGCCAAGGUGGUGGCCCUCUCCUCCGGAAGGCACAUCUUCUUCUUCUCGGUCGGGGAAGGCAGCGGCAAGCAGGUCGAGAGCGUCGGGGCGGCGCACGGCUCGUCGGGCACUUCCAUCCUGUCGAUGCUGGCCUCCAAGGACGGGAAGCUGCUCGCGACGACGGCGGCGGGGGACUCGCGGGCGCGGCUGUGGAGGUUCCCACGAAGCGGCGGCGGCGCCAGCAACAGCAGCGGGUAAAAAACAGUGUUGUUGCCUCUCGCGCGGCUGUGGAGGUUCCCUCGAAGCGGCGGCGCCAGCAGCAGCACCACCAAUAGCGGAUACAAAACCGUUUUCUUGUCUCCCGGCGCGGCUACAAAUCGUACCCGAGCGGAUAAAAUCACCGAGCGGCUAAUAUUCGUACCCAACGGAGUGUCCACGUGUCAGGAUGGGUGGUUUGUAGUUGUUCUUGAAGCCAAGGAGCACACGUAACGCCAGGGUGAUUGGGUAAGCGCGCGUGUUUGUUUUUUCUGUGUUGGGUAGUUCCAUCAGUACGGGUUCGAGGAAGACGUUUUCGGGGAAUUCUGAAAAUGGUGCAACCUCAACAUCGCCCCCGCUUGCAUGCGUCGUGUGUUUUCUUCGUGGGGGUCGACACCGCUCGAAAUGCCUGAGCACUUUCUCUCGCACAGCGUUCGUGCGUAUGUGCUGAGCUCUAGCUAAAUUCCACGUGGUAGAAUCGAAUGGCACUGGGGUGUGGCCUGGUCUAUGCGGGCCGGUUUGGUGUUGGAACAACUAAUAGCGACUAUCAUUCGGCCGAGCGCUCGGGG